CAUGCCGGCCGCUGAAUGACAACAGUCAGCGUCCCGGGAAAAAAUUAUGCAACCCCCGCUGUAAGCGAGCGCCCCGAGCACGGCCCCGGCGGGCGGGGCGGGGGUGGGGGCGGAGCCGCCCUGUCUGGCCCUGGUCCCGUCCCCGGCCCCGACCCUGACCCCGUCCCGGGCAGGCGGGCGGGGCGGAGGAGGGGCCCGGGCCGGCCCGGCGGGCGGAGCGGAGCGGAGCGGGCGCGCUCCGGAAGAGGGAAGGAGCGGAGCGGCGGCUCGGGCGGCAGCGGGAUGGCAGUGCGGGGYUCAGCGGGGGACGCCGCGCUCUGCCGAGCGGCUGAGCAGUGGCUGCUCUGGGAUAAGAAUCCAAAAACUUAUGCAAUCGUGAAACAAUUGCUAGCGGAAGGAAAUGCCGGAGAACUGCAGAAAUACUUUGGCUCACGGAUGGAGUUUGGCACAGCAGGGCUCAGAGCUGCCAUGGGAGCAGGGAUUUCCCACAUGAAUGACUUGACUAUUAUCCAAACAACCCAGGGAUUUUGCAGAUACCUUGAGAAGAAUUUCAGUGACCUGAAAAAGAGAGGAGUUGUGAUUGGGUUUGAUGCUCGUGCUCAUCCUUCCAGUGGAGGUAGCAGCAAAAGGUUUGCAAGACUUGCUGCCAAUACCUUCAUCAGUCAGGGAGUUCCAGUUUAUCUAUUCUCUGAUAUAAUACCAACUCCCUUUGUGCCAUACACAGUAACUCAUCUGAAGCUUUGUGCUGGAAUUAUGGUUACUGCUUCCCAUAAUCCAAAGCAAGACAAUGGUUACAAGGUUUACUGGGAAAAUGGCGCUCAGAUCAUUUCACCUCAUGACAAAGGAAUUUCUCAGGCUAUUGAGGAGAACCAAGAGCCRUGGCCUCAGGCUUGGGAUGACAAACUGAUUGACAGCAGCCAGCUACUUCAUGAUCCAUAUGCCAUGGUCAAUAAGGAGUAUUUCAAAGACAUACAGAAACAGUGCUUUUACAGGAAUAUAAACAAGGAAACAAGCCUGAAAUUUGUUCAUACUUCUGUGCAUGGCGUAGGACAUAAAUUUGUGCAGUUGGCAUUCAAGGCRUUUGACCUUAGUCCUCCUUUUGCUGUUCCGGAGCAGAAAGAUCCUGAUCCAGACUUUCCUACAGUGAAGUAUCCAAAUCCUGAAGAAGGCAAAGGUGUUCUGACAUUGUCUUUUGCUUUGGCUGAAAAAGAUGGGGCAAGAAUCAUUUUAGCAAAUGAUCCUGAUGCUGAUCGCCUUGCAGUGGCAGAGAAACAAGAGAGUGGUGAAUGGAAAGUGUUUUCUGGAAAUGAAUUAGGMGCUCUUUUAGGUUGGUGGAUCUUCACUUGCUGGAAAAAUAACAAUAGGGAUGCUCGUGCUGUUAAAGAUGUCUACAUGUUAUCCAGUACUGUUUCUUCCAAAAUCCUGAGAGCAAUUGCACUAAAGGAAGGCUUUCACUUUGAGGAAACACUGACAGGUUUCAAGUGGAUGGGCAACCGUGCCAAACAGCUCAUGGACCAGGGGAAAGCUGUUCUUUUUGCAUUUGAAGAGGCUAUAGGGUAUAUGUGCUGUCCUGCUGUUCUGGACAAAGAUGGUGUCAGUGCUGCUGUUAUAACUGCAGAGAUGGCAAGCUUUUUGGCAACCAGGAAUUUGUCUUUGUCUCAGCAGUUGAAAGCUGUCUACGAUGAAUACGGCUUCCAUAUUACCAAAGCUUCUUAUUUCAUCUGCCAUGACCCUAAAGUUAUUCAACAGCUUUUUGACAACCUUAGAAAUUUUGAUGGAAAAAACACAUACCCAAAAUCUUGUGGUAGAUUUAAAGUUUCUGGAAUAAGGGAUCUAACUACUGGAUAUGACAGCAGCCAGCCAGAUCAAAAGGCUAUACUUCCUACUAGUAAAAGUAGCCAAAUGAUAACAUUCACUUUUGCUAACGGAGGAGUGGCCACAAUGAGAACCAGCGGAACGGAACCAAAGAUCAAAUACUAUUCUGAACUUUGUGCACCCCCUGGAAACAGUGAUGUUGAGCAGCUGAAGAAGGAACUAGAUGAAUUGGUCAAUGCUCUUGAAAAACACUUCUUUCAACCAGAAAAAAAUAAACUUCAACGGAAGACUGAGUAAAAURGCAAAAUAACUGCCUUGAUUGGCUUUUGCAACAUUAGAAAUGGAUUAUUUAAGAAGUUCAGGAUUUUUGGGACCAAACAUCUGAGAACUGACUAUAAAGACUUCUGCUUUUAAGAGUUAUUUUGGAUACUCUUGGAUCUAGUAUCUUAUUUUGGAAGGAAAGUACCUUUACCGUUAAGGGACCAAAAAAACCCAAUAAGUUGAACUAAAACCUUUAUAACUAAAAGUUGACUGCAAAUGUAUUUCAAUCAAAACCUGUUUUAAUUAAAGAUAAGUAAUAUUCUGAUAUCUGAAACAGCCURUUUUGUGGUGACUUCUUU